GAGAGUUGAGCUGAAAGGGGGCGUAUGCCAGCGCGUGCAGAGUCUCUGAUGCUGACGUUUGUUGUUGUUGUUGUUUUAUUUUAGUUUCGUUUCGUUUUUGCUUUAAAAAGAAAGAAAAUCUGAUUUACGUAAUCCAGACUCUGAUGUAACGCGGCGCGGACUGAACAACAUGUCUGACCAGGAGCUGCCGUCCACUUCCGGUGAGCGCGCGGGCGAAAAGGAGCAGGAUCCUCCGUUCCAGCUGGCUCCGCCUCCAAAACCCGCCAAUAAAGAAACAACAGUGGAUCCUGAGUAUGAAGAAAAAAGAAAAGCCGAUCGGGCGAACAGGUUUGAGUUUUUAUUAAAACAGACUGAACUCUUCGCUCACUUCGUUCAGCCGGCGAGUGUGAAAUCUCCCACAUCUCCCCUGAAAGUGCGACUCGGACGACCUCGAGUUAAACCAGAUGAAAAACAGAGCCUGCUGUCAGUGGGGGAUAAUCGUCAUCGGCGUACAGAGCAGGAGGAAGAUGAGGAGCUGCUUUCAGAGAGCAGAAAAGCCACCAACAUCCUCGUCCGCUUUGAGGAGUCACCAUCCUAUGUGAAGAACGGAACUCUGAGAGAUUACCAGAUCAGAGGACUGAACUGGAUGAUUUCUCUGUAUGAAAAUGGCAUCAACGGCAUUCUUGCUGAUGAAAUGGGUCUUGGUAAGACCCUGCAGACGAUAGCGUUACUCGGGUAUCUGAAGCACUACAGGAACAUUCCCGGCCCCCACAUGGUCCUAGUGCCCAAGUCCACGCUGCACAACUGGAUGAACGAGUUUAAACACUGGGUUCCUUCCCUGAGAGCCGUCUGUCUGAUCGGUGACAAAGAACAGCGAGCAGCAUUUAUCCGUGAUGUGAUGAUGCCGGGCGAGUGGGACGUGUGUGUGACGUCCUAUGAGAUGGUGAUUCGAGAGAAAUCGGUGUUUAAAAGGUUUAACUGGAGAUACCUGGUGAUCGACGAGGCUCAUCGCAUAAAAAAUGAGAAAUCCAAGUUAUCUGAAAUCGUGCGCGAGUUUAAAACAACAAAUCGUCUUUUACUGACUGGGACUCCGCUACAGAACAACCUGCAUGAGCUCUGGUCUUUACUCAACUUCCUGCUUCCAGACGUCUUUAACUCUGCCUCUGACUUUGAUUCGUGGUUUGACACUAACAAUUGUCUGGGUGAUCAGAAGCUCGUGGAGAGACUGCACGCGGUUCUGCGUCCGUUUCUUCUCCGUCGGAUCAAACAGGAAGUGGAGAAAAGUCUCCCUCCCAAGAAGGAAGUGAAGAUCUACCUGGGUCUGAGUAAAAUGCAGAGAGAAUGGUACACACGCAUCCUGAUGAAAGACAUCGACAUCCUGAACUCGGCAGGUAAGAUGGAUAAAAUGCGUCUGUUGAACAUCCUGAUGCAGCUGCGGAAGUGCUGUAAUCACCCGUACCUGUUCGACGGGGCGGAGCCAGGGCCGCCCUACACCACCGACACACACCUGGUCACCAACAGCGGCAAGAUGCUCGCACUCCACAAACUUCUGCCCAAACUCCACGAGCAAGGUUCUCGGGUGUUGAUUUUCAGUCAGAUGACGCGUGUGCUGGACAUCCUGGAGGAUUUCUGCAUGUGGAGAGGAUAUGAGUACUGCAGGCUAGACGGGAACACGCCCCACGAGGACAGACAGCAAGCGAUUGAAACGUACAAUGCACCGGACAGCACUAAGUUCAUCUUCAUGUUAAGCACUCGCGCAGGAGGACUCGGGAUCAACCUGGCAACCGCCGACGUCGUCAUACUGUACGACUCGGACUGGAACCCUCAAGUGGAUCUGCAGGCAAUGGACCGUGCUCACAGGAUCGGUCAGAAGAAGCCGGUGCGAGUGUUCAGACUCAUCACGGAGAACACGGUGGAGGAACGGAUCGUGGAGAGAGCAGAGAUGAAGCUCCGCCUCGACUCUAUAGUCAUACAGCAAGGGCGUUUGAUUGAGCAGCAGAAUAAACUGGGAAAAGACGAGAUGCUGCAGAUGAUCAGACACGGAGCAACGCACGUCUUCACCUCCAAAGACAGUGAGCUGACAGACGAGGACAUCAACACCAUCCUGGAGAGAGGAGCCAAAAAGACAGCGGAGAUAAACGAGAGGAUGCAGAAGCUGGGCGAGAGCUCACUUAGAAACUUUACCAUGGAUACGGGCGCCAUGGAGACCAGCCUGUACAACUUCGAGGGAGAGGAUUACAGAGAGAAGCAGAAGAUGAAUAUGAUGGAGUGGAUCGAGCCUCCGAAGAGAGAGAGAAAAGCAAACUACGCAGUGGAUGCUUAUUUCAGGGAGGCGCUUCGAGUCAGCGAACCCAGAGCUCCAAAGGCCCCUCGUCCUCCCAAGCAGCCUAAUAUUCAGGAUUUUCAGUUUUUCCCUCCACGUCUGUUCGAGCUGCUGGAGAUGGAGAUUCUGCAUUAUAGGAAGACCAUUGGAUACAAGGUUCCGAGGGCCUCUGACAUACCGAACGCAGCUCAGGUACAGAAGGAGGAACAGAAGAAGAUUGAUGAAGCAGAACCUCUCACAUCUGAAGAGACUGAGGAGAAAGAGAAACUGCUCACACAGGGUUUUACGAGCUGGAACAAGCGUGACUUUAAUCAGUUCAUUAAAGCGAAUGAGAAAUACGGCCGAGACGAUAUAGACAGCAUCGCACGUGAGGUGGAGGGAAAAACACCUGAGGAGGUCAUCGAAUAUUCAGGUGUGUUCUGGGAGCGCUGUAAUGAGCUACAGGACAUUGAGAGGAUCAUGGCUCAGAUUGAGAGAGGAGAAGCUCGAAUCCAGAGACGCAUCAGCAUUAAAAAAGCUCUUGAUGUGAAGAUAGCACGGUAUAAAGCUCCAUUCCACCAGUUGCGUAUUCAGUACGGCACUAAUAAAGGGAAGAACUAUACGGAGGAGGAGGAUCGCUUCCUGAUCUGCAUGCUGCACAAGAUGGGCUUCGAUAAGGAGAACGUGUAUGAGGAGCUGCGGCAGUGUGUGAGGAACACACCUCAGUUCCGCUUCGACUGGUUCAUCAAGUCCAGGACGGCCAUGGAGCUUCAAAGACGCUGUAACACACUCAUCUCACUGAUUGAGAAAGAAAACACAGAGAUCGAGGAGAAAGAAAAAGCGGAGAAAAAGAAAAGAGCUCCCAAAGGACAAUCAGCGCACAAGCGUAAAGCUGAAACGUCCUCUGACAGGAAGGAGAAAAAGUCAAAGCCCUGAUUUGAGGAUAUUUUUCUUUUCUUGAUGUUUGUUUCAGUAACGAGUACGAAGCAGCAGCACCACACAAAACUGUCAUGUUCUAUUCAGUGAAGUUCUGCUUUAUCUCCAGAGCACAGGAGAAAAUUAUACCAAAAACCCUGAUUUAUUUCUUUGAGUUCCUGUUUCUCAACUGUUUCUCACCUGUUUCUCACCUGUUUCUCACUUUUUUUUUCUCUGUAAGAAAAGUUUAGUGCACUUUUUUUUUAUCAUUUCUUAUCAAAUACAUUGAUGUAUUUAUCACAUGCUGACAUGCAAUUCCAGGGUUUUAUCAUAUCCUUUUUAUCUGUUUUUAUACGAUACAGUAUUUUUCUCACGUUCUCUGUGUUGGCUUUAUAAGUCUGCAGCGUUUGGGUACAAGUUUUUGCUAAUGGCCCAGUUAUUUCUGAUAGAACUUUAAAAUGAUGAGUUUAAUGCAAACUCCGGUGUUUUAUAAUAAAUUUACACCAUUUGGCCUUAUCCAAAGCGACUUACAAUCAUCUCACUUAUACACCUGAGCAGGUGAGGGUCGAGGGCCUUGCUCAGGGGCCCAGCAGUGGCAGCCUGGUGUUACUGGGAUUUGAAUUAAUGACCUUCCUAUCAGAAGUCCAUCAUCUUAAACUUUCAGCUAAUCAAGUUUCAACAACCUGAGCAUCAUUUGUUCUGUGAUUUGGAGUGCGUAUACAUAUAUUUUUUAUAAUCAUUUUUAAGUUGUCUUGUUACUGUACAUAAACCUGAUGAAUCAUUCAUACUUUUAAAAUUAAUAAUCAAUGAAAAAAAAAAAAAGUGUCCAAAUUAAAAAAGCGACUUGCACUAGCCUUAUAUUAAGUUGCUACCACUACUAGCUACUGAAUAUCUUUUAUAUUAUGGAUUAAGUCUAAAUAUUUCUCCAGACGUCAAUAUUGAGAUUUUAUUUCAACUUCUGGAGAAAAAUUGUAACUACACUAUAGUAACUUACUAUUGUAAAAACAAAACCAGCCACAAAAACAAAUCUAUAAUCCGAUUUCGAUCCUGUGAAGAGUUCUGACUAAAACACCAACAAAACUCUUAAAAGAUUAUUCACACUUUACAUCUAACAUGAAUCCAGACUCUGUACAUCUUUAUAUUCAUCUGAAUUCAGUGUUAUUAAAACAAGAAUCAUAAAUGAUAA